AUGCUUCGCAAAAUACAAAAUAGUUUCAUCAUACUUUCAACAACUAUUCUCUUUUAUGUCAAUUCAAUUAGAAUACCAGAAGGUGUUAGUGAAUAUCCAACGGCUCCCAUUUGGUCCAACUAUUUAGCAGAUCCAUUCGCGUUUCAGUCUAAUGGGAUGUACUAUAUGAUUGGUACUGCUCCUAUUUCGGUCAAAGAUAAUUUUACAUUUCCAGCACUUGUUUCCAAUGAUUCUGCUACGUGGAAGUAUGCAAGUCAUAUUUUGCAUAUAACGAAACAAGCUGGUCAACCUGAUGCUUAUUGGGCACCUGAGAUAGCUGAGAAAGAUAAUAUCUAUUAUUUAUUCUACUCUGCUGGAUUCGAUGACAAAAAACAUCGGUUACGUGUCGCUACAUCGACAUCGCCACUUGGCCCAUACGAAGAUGAUGACGCAAUAGAAUUAACUGAUGUGUCGAAACUUCCGUUUGCCAUUGAUCCGCAUCCAUUUCGUGAUCAACAGGAUGGACAAUGGUAUUUAUUUUACUCUCAAGAUUUUCUUGAUACAGAUGAUGGUUAUCGUGUAGGCACGGGUAUUGUCGUUGAUCGUCUUCUUGAUAACAUGACUCGACUAGCUGGGAACAAAACCGUUGUCCUCCGAGCCAAACAUGAUUGGCAGCUUUUCGAAGCGAAUCGAUCAAUCUACGAUCAUAUCUACGACUGGUAUACAUUAGAAGGUGCUGCUGUUUGGCAACAAGAACCUAAUGUUUAUGUAUGCUUCUACAGCGGUAGUAAUUGGAAAACUCCAACGUAUGGUGUCGAUUAUGGUAUUGCGGAGUCACCGAUGGGACCCUAUAGUGAAGAUUCAACUGAUCAUCCGCGUAUAACACGUUCAGUUAAUGGUAGUAUUAUUGGCCCUGGGCACAACUCAAUUAUUCGAGGUGCAGAUAAUCUGACAACUUAUAUUGUCUAUCAUGGAUGGAAUGAAGCACGUACCAUACGUUCACCGUAUAUCAGUAAAUUAACAUGGAAAACCCAAAUACCGAUUAAUUCGAGUAGCGGACAAGACGUUCUUCAUCUAGCGCUUGUAUUUCUUGGUUUUGUUAUUUUUAUUCUCUUAAUUUUUCAUCAUGCUUUAUAG